AGAGCGCCUGCGUGGGCCAACGCGUUCCUUUUUCCUCGUUGGGCGUCUGAAGGCAAGAUGGGUCACCAGCAGCUGUACUGGAGUCACCCACGGAAGUUCGGCCAGGGUUCUCGCUCUUGCUGCGUCUGCUCUAACCGCCACGGGCUGAUCCGUAAAUACGGGCUGAACAUGUGCCGUCAGUGCUUCCGUCAGUACGCGAAGGACAUCGGCUUCAUUAAGUUGGACUAAGCGGCCUUGAAUGGAUUAUUGGGCUGUCUACCAAGUGGAACCGAUCAUGCUAGUCUUUGUGCACAAAGAAUAAAAAUGUGAAGACCUUUAAAAAAAAAAA